AGUUUGUGCUGGUGGAAAGGAUAGCAAAGCCACGAGGUAUAGUUUCCUCCUGGCCAGGUGUUUUUUUGUCCGUCCUCCUUUGGCGCCUUUUUUCCUCCCCCGUUCAAAACAUUGUGAAACUGUCCCCUGGUGCAAGGGAGGUUUUUCUCGUUACCUUGAGCAAAUGCCAGAAGAAUAGUUUGAGUGCAUUUUCCGACAAAGAAAAACAUCAGAGAAAAUUAUUUGCAGAAUUGAUUAAACAUUUGAGAGGGUGGUACAGUUUGCUUGUUCUUCUCCGAGAGUGGAGAAGAAGGGGGUGGUUGGGUGUUUUGAGAGUGAACUACCGUGUCUCCAUUUUUUUCCGGGCCAAAAAGUCACGAGAACGGGUUGGAAAGUACAUCAAUUUCCCGCCUUUUUGGAGCUUGGCUCGCUCGGUGUAAAAUGUUUAUUUCCGUUGCUGAGUGACCCCUUUUUUAGCACCAACCCCCAAAACCAUAACCAUAUUGUGAACUCUCUGUGCAAAUGGUCCUUCAGUUUCCCGCCAAAAACGCUCUGCGAAUUUCCCUUUGUGUGCUCUGCUAAAAUUCAAAACAGUUUCCCAUGGUUAACAGUGAAUAGAUUUAAUCACAGUGGUUCUGCACUAUAUCAGGGAUAGACUAGAGGUCAAUAUUAUGUCAAAGUGCAAAGGUGGUAAAAUAGAGUGAAAUAUGUAGAUUUCCCAUGGAUUGCCCAAGCAGCAGCGUAAAAGCCCGUGUAACUGUGGCUACUCAGAAAAUGAAAUUUUUAUGACGCACCUGGAAAGAUACUCACAUUUUAUAUUAAUGCACACAUAAGCCAGUGGACUAGUGACUAUAGUGCAAGGCAAUCAGCCAAGAAGAACUCCCCAGAGAGUCAGUGCGUGUUUGUGCCUUCAGCCCCAACAAAAAGAAGCUCGAGACAGCUUUAAGAAAAAUCAACCCCAAAACCUCCCAAAAAAGGGUGGGUUUUGUGAUUUUUGUGCCCUCUCUGCAACAGUUGUUUGAAUCUCCUUUUUUUUGUGCUAUAAAUCCGUGGCCGGAGGACACAGAGAUGGGCUGUAGUUCGAGUCAAGAGGCAAGACUGGUACCCACAGAAAAUGGGGAUGCCACAAAAGUGGAACAAGAUGAUGCCAAAAGUGAAAAAGUAGUGCUUAGCGAUGGGGAUACCAUGGAGGACUUUGGCGAAGAUGCUGCUGAGGCCGCCACAAAGAUACAAGCAGUUUUUCGUGGACACAAAGUUAGAGCAGCCAUGAAACAGGGAGAUUCCACUGCCGUCAAUGGUGCCAGCGAAGAGUCCAAAACUGAACCACCACCCUCCAAGGAGGAGCUCGAGGCAGAGUUCGAUCCCAAUGACAAAGAACUCUGUGAGGCAGCAACGAGGAUUCAGGCUACUUUUAGAGGUCACUUGGCGCGCAAAUUGGCCACAGGUGCUGAAUUGAAGGAUGAUGCUGAACUCCAAGAGAUCACUAAGAAGGUGGCCGAAGAGUUGGACAUCGAUUUGAGUGAUCCGGAAUUGAAUAAAGCAGCUACGAAAAUCCAGGCAUCCUUCCGUGGUCACAAGGCACGCAAAACCGAUGGCAAGGAUUAAAUUAGUGAUUCUCUCAUCUACAACCAAACAAUUAUACGUACUUCGAGAGAAGGAAUAAUUUAAAUAAAAAGAAAAGUGAAGAAUAUACCUUUAAAAAAAAAUUAGCAGACAGUUUUAAAAUUGAAUUAAAAAAAACAUUGCAGAAAUGCAAAAUGUGGAAAAAUGACUAGAAUUGGCGCAAAAAUUUUACCAAAAAAAAUAAAGAAAUGAUGUUUCUGGAUAAGAGACAAGUAGAUUUACAUGUGUAUAAAUUUCUCUUUCUCUUCAAAGAACCAGUCAAUUUGCCUUUUUGUAAUUUGGAUGGAAGAUAUAAAUGUGAAAAGAAAAUUUUAAUAUUUUUUUUCUGAUGGGCAAAUAAACAUUUAUUAGAAUAUUUCUGUUAGUCAUUGAAUCAUCACAGAAAUAAGUAAAAAAAAAAAGAAGCAGGUAAAUACAUCCAUUUGUUCAUCUAUCCCCCGCCCCCCUGCAAAAUUAAUAAAGAAAAAGUUCUAUCCUGUGGAUUUUCACAAAAAAAAAUUAAAAAAAAGUUUUCUUAAACUAUUUUUACCAGAUAAAAAAACCAAAAUGGGAUUUUUCUAGAGGAACCUUUUAAAAUGGAUAGAAAACAAGAAUCUUUAACACAAUGUAUCCCCAAAUGCCCCAUAUAUAUAGAAUGUAAAAUUGAGUGCUUAAUUGAGAAUUAUUUUAGGCUAAUUAGAAUAAUUUUACACGCAAUAGAAAACUCUUUGGUUUCUCGCUUGCGAAUACUAUUAUGGAAGUUUUUCCCCUAUAAAUGAUUGAAAAUAAAUUCUUGCCAUAGAAGAAA